GACCUGAAAAUAUAAAAUCCCUAAAUUGAACUUACGCUUACUCCUCACAUUGUCCACAAGUACACCAGUUACGUGAAAACCCUCGUCUGACCACCACUGCCGUCGUCAAGUACUUGAGAAACCAGACACAUAAAGAUGCCGGAGCCGGAGAAAGUCGACGCUUCAUCUCAGGCUUUAGCCACCGGAAUGCAACAACAAUUGUACAAACGUCUUUUGAAUGAACAGGUUCAAAAGCUAAGGAAACAAGUUCCAGUAUAUCAAACUAACAAUGAAGGAGCUGGACAUCAGCCAAAAUUCAGAACUACCAUUUGGAUUGAUGGAGUGAAAUACACAUCCCCAAACACAUUUCACAACCGUAAACUGGCCGAGACAGAUGCUUCUAAAAUCACACUUUUUGCUAUAAGACAGAAGCUAAAAGACGAAGCAUUGAAUCAUCUUUGUGAGGAUAAAAUAUUCUGCAAGGCUAUUCUUAUGGAAUAUGCUGUGAGGAUGGAUAUACAGAGACCAACGUAUCAGACAACUCAAUUGGGGUCAUCACCUCCACUUUUCCGUUGUUGUUUGGUUUUUAAUGGUGCUUCUUUUACUGGAGAUGACUGUAGAAACAAGAAGGAAGCUGAACAGUCUGCAGCACGUGCUGUUAUUUUGAAAUACUUAGAUUCUGAAACAGGAAUCAUGUUGUCAGAGAUAAUUAAGUCUAAGUUCAAUCAUAUUCCAACAAAGGACAUUCAAAUUGGCAAUGUGGUAAAUGGCCUUGUUGCAUUGAAUGAGGCAAAAAGCAAUGAAGGAACCAAAAUCCCUCACAUAGAGCCUUUACUCAUUACUACUUCUACCUCUGCAAUGAAUCCCCCUGUAAACAUAACUCAAACCCUAGAAACACCAAUUAUCCCAGUCUCUACAUCUACACUUCCAACUUACUCACCACCCUUAAUGACUCCACAAAUACCCACUCAAACCACCACCCCAGUGUCUACAGUUUUGGCACAGACCCCAUUAAUCCAAUCCAUUCAGACACCCACUCAAACUACUCCUGUGCCUAUACAGACUCCUCCGGUUGUUGUUGGAACUACUUUUUCUAAUGUUGUUCAACAAGACACUACUAUCCCUGUAACACAAACACCCCCUCAAACUCUUUCAAUGCCAACAGUCUCAAUGGCACAAACACCAACUCCAACUGUUUUGGCACAAACCCCCCCAAUUUCUUGUAGCUCAACCAAUAAACUCAGAGGUCUUGGUGCCACCUGUAACUGCUGCUUCUUCACUUCCAAUUACUGGCAAGAAGAGGAAAAAUAA